CUCCCAUGAAUGAGCUUUAGUCAAAUAUCAUCCUCUCCUUGUACUGGGCUGCAAUCAUUCCAUCUCGCCUGGUCCAGAGGAAGAGCAGUCACAAGGUCUCCCAGUAGCCCUGCAGGUGACCCAGACAUCUCAGCAUGCUCCUGGAAGAAGUCGGGAGGCUUCAGCGUGCGUUAGGAAAACGCAAUGAUGGGUCUUUCCUGCUUGAAAGCCACCAGCAUAGCGCGGAUGUUGAUAAUAACCCUGAAAAACAUCAUACCUGCUUGCAGUCACUGGAUACCAAAGUAAAAAUCAUUCAGAGAGCAUGGAGGGAUUACCUUCUGCGCCAGAAUUCCUUACACACAAACCUGAUGGAGAAACGCAGUCCGUCACCAUCUUCUUUCUACUCCGACAAGAUGAGCAGCUCAAUCAGUAUGAAUACCGUAUCUGAUGGCAGCACACCCGAUUACCGAGAGGAUGGCAUGGAUUUAGGAAGUGAUGCCUGCAGUCGUUCUAGUUCCGAGUCCAGCUCCAACAAAGUGACUCCUUGCUCAGAGUGUAAGUCUUCUCCCAGCCUGGAGCUGGCUGCCCUUGAGGAUUAUGAGGAGGACUUUGUGGACAAGGUGAGUGAUGAAUGGGAAGACGAUGAAGAAGAAGAAAGUGUUAAUGAUGGAGAAGAUGGAUUUCCUAAAGACAAUUGCUUUGGGAGGAUAGCGGCUGGCAGGAGUUUGGCAGAGGAGUUUGAGGAUGUUAAAGUUGGUCAUCUUUCAGCAAUUAAUGGCAAUCCUUCACAUCAGCACAAGCUAAAUGGGAAUUUAUUCAGUGGGAAAACAAGCAUUAAAGGGAAAUCUAGUCCUCCGAAACCCCAAAAUAACUCUAUAAGGGGGACGUCACUAAACUCCAUUGGGGGUUCAGCAGCCCCCAUGAGGGAGGAACCUCAGCUGCCCACGAUGGACUGGGAGGCUUUGGAGAAGCACUUAGCUGGACUACAGUUCCAGGAGCAGGAGUUACGGAACCAGAGGCAGACAAAGUCCAACUACACUUCGGCUCAGAAGAAUGAAAGGGAAUCAAUACGACAGAAGCUGGCACUUGGAAGUUUUUUUGAUGAUGGACCUGGACUAUAUACCAGUUGUAGCAAAAGUGGGAAGCCAAGUCUUUCAUCCAGACUACAAAGUGGGAUGAAUUUGCAGAUUUGCUUUGUCAAUGACAGUGGGAGUGAUAAGGACAGCGAUGCUGAUGACAGCAAGACUGAAACCAGCCUGGACACUCCAUUAUCUCCAAUGAGCAAACAAAGCUCUUCCUAUUCAGAUAGAGAUACUACUGAAGAGGAGUCUGAAUCCUUCGAAGACAUGGAUUUUAUCUCCAGACAAAAGAAACUGCAAGCAGAAGCUAAAAUGGCUUUGGCUAUGGUGAAACCAAUGGCCAAAAUGCAAGUGGAAGUAGAAAAGCAGAACAGGAAGAAGUCUCCUGUUGCAGAUCUUUUGCCGCACAUGCCUCACAUUAGUGAAAGCUUAAUGAAGAGAAGCCUGAAACCUACUGAUCUGAGAGAUAUGACUAUUGGACAGCUACAAGUGAUAGUCAACGAUCUCCAUUCUCAAAUAGAAAGCUUGAAUGAAGAACUAGUCCAGCUUCUCCUUAUCCGUGAUGAAUUGCACAUGGAACAAGAUGCUAUGCUUGUAGACAUUGAAGACUUGACUAGACAUGCUGAAAGUCAGCAGAAGCACAUGGCAGAGAAAAUGCCUACAAAAUAGAUCAAGAAAGCCAUUGAACACAGGGAGGGGGUGGGGAGAUAAACUUUAUUUUGCUUUUGUGGUUGUUGAAAUGCUGAUGCUAAAAGAUGAUACACACAAGGAAAAUCAGUGUUAGUCUUUGACCAUGUCUGAAGCUUUACGUCUUUACGUGAUUUGGCCUCUGCUUCCUAAUUUAUUUUAACUUUUUACCGGUGCCACUUAACCCAUUGAGUGUCAGUGAAGGCGUUGAAGAACACUGCUUGGCAACGCGUUUCGUGCCUGGCGAGGUAAUAUUGCUAGGCGUUUUAUUAAAAUACUAUUGUUAUAUGUACAGUACUUAUGCCAUUAAAGACUAUGGAUUAAGAGACAGAUAAUAGUUACAGAUAUUAUUUUUAUUUUUCUGUUUAAAUAAAUUUUAAGUUAAUCAGUAUUUUACAUACAAUAACUACUUUUUAUUCUUCACUGUAGUUUUGAAACACAAAUGUUAUUGACGGUGCUAAACAAGUCAACAACUACAUGCCUGCCUCAUUGUAACAUUGUAGCUCUCCGUAUCUUGUAUUAUUCUCGGCGGUUCUCAACAUUUUGUAAAUGUUGAUAAUCUGACUUCAGUUUUUAGAUGUGCUAUUAUAUUAUUCAAUUGGAUUGGGGGGGGAAAGAAAGGUCACCUUCAAAGUUUUAUGUAUAAAUAUGUAAAAUAAACUUUAAACAUUUGUUUCGUA